AUGGCGACACGUGAAGGUAUCAAUCCUUUACGGCCAUACUAUAUUCCCCAGUCGGGCUUAUCGCCCACUGUCUCGAAUGUCACUACCGAGGUGACGUCGUCCUCGUCGGCCCAAGUGUUUGGAAGUACAGCGCGCGACUUGAUUCCGGAUAUUGACUAUUCGGAUUACUUGGACUCUUCCCCGUCGGUCUCAGACUGGGUUCGGGAUGCCUUGAAUCGCGCGCUGGUCCGCUACACAAAGGUCCUGACGGCGCAACCGUUCGAUGUUGCCAAAACCAUCCUCCAGGUGUAUGUGGUUCCAGACUCAAUAGAGUCGUCAGAGCAACGGAAGAAAACAUCCGGCACAGAGGACAACGCAUAUGAAUCGGAUAAUGAGUCCUCUGGAGAUGAGAGUGUCUAUUUCACAUCCGCCGCGCCGGCCACGCCGUCCUCGGCUACAUCACGAUCGCGAAGGAGUCGGCAUCAUCAAAUUACAGAUCGCAGCGGCUACGUGCGACCAGAAGCAGCAACAGCUUUACCUAAAUAUGCCCUGACCCUUCGCAAUCCGGACUCCCUCAUGGACGUCCUGUCGCAAUUAUGGUCAACCAGCGGCCCUAGCUCCCCAUGGAAGGCAUCUAACGCCACCUUCAUCUACUCCUUGCUGCUGCCAACGCUCAAUACAUUCAUCCGCAGCCUUCUCUCGGCCAUUGUGGGAUUCCCAGAGGAGGAUAUCGCGUCCUCCAUGGCCGCCGAUAUUCUAACAGCACCAUCACCCCUUGCCACCCUCAUUCUCUCCUUUAUCUCCUCUUCACUCUCGGCGAUUCUGCUCUCACCUAUCGAUACAGCGCGCACUUUCCUGAUGCUCACUCCUGCGAUCCAUGGUCCGCGCUCUCUAAUUCAUGCCAUUCGUCAGCUUCCAACUCCCAACUGUACUAUUCCCCCUCAUCUCGUCCCCAUCACUAUUCUCCACUCCAGUUUGCCCAACUUUAUCACGACAUCAGCUCCACUCUUCCUCAAAUCCUAUCUGUCCAUCGACCCUCUUCUCAACCCGUCCAUGUGGAAUCUCUUCAGCUUCCUGACCUCUGGUCUCGAGCUCGCCGUACGGUUCCCGCUUGAGACAGUCCUGCGCCGUGCUCAGAUCGCAAGCUACACCUCUCUCAGCCUGCGUCAGAAAUCCGCUGGAGGCAGCUUGGAUGCUGCCUCCAUCGAUGCCACGGAUGUGGAGACCAUUGUGCCCACACCACGCACCUACCGUGGCGUCGUGGGUACUAUGUGGCACAUCGUUCAAGAGGAAGGUGUCAGUUCCACGCUCUCCGACGCUGAGCGUGCUCGUCUCGCCGUCGGUAAGGGCACUACCCAGCAGCAUACAGGGAAACGCCGACAAGGACAGGGUAUCAAGGGCCUGUAUCGCGGCUGGCGCGUGGGAAUGUGGGGCAUUGCUGGUAUCUGGGGAGCCAGUCUACUCGGGGGGUUCGCUGCAGGAAGCGAUGAAGAAGCCGCGAUGCUUGGAGGAUCGAGCCAGACUAGCGGCGGGCGAUUCUAG